UAAAUGGAGAAGACUUUCCCGAUCAAGAGUUGAAGAUCUUCCACUUCUCGAUCAAGAGCUGAAGGUCUUCCACUUCCAGAUCAAGAGCUGAAGAUCUACUUUCUGAUCAAGAGCUGAAGGACUUCCUGAGCUGAAGAUCUUCACAGCCCACCCAACUUGAAGGAGAAGAUCUUCGCAGCCCACCCAGCUUCUCGUCUUGAAAAUCCAGCCAUGGAGAAUCAGUAUGGAGACCGCAUUCCUCUCCAGAGAUACUUCUUAGCUGUCCGUCAGAUGGAGCAAACGGUCAUGUUUCCCAGCCUUCUCCAGGGGGUCUCGUUGGAAGACCAGGAGGACCCGGCCGAAAUCGACACCGAGAGGAAAUGUUCCAGGGACAGAGACCUGUACGAUGACUUCACGCUUCUAAAAUCCAUCAAGUCAACGGUUGAGAGCGGCCUACCUCCUCUUCAUGACCAAACCCUGAGCUCCAGAAGGGAAGAAGACGAAGAAGCAGCGAAGGAGAAGACCGAUCUCGAAGGACUCUUUCGGUAUCACAUUUCUGGCUUGUAUCAUGUCCUGGCCCAACUGACCAGCCGAGCCAACGCUGUGACGUCUAGGUACAAUGAAAUUCUGGGACAGAUCGGUCAGAAUGGGAUCGCUUUUCGUUGGUAGAAGGGCAUCGAAGGAAGAGGCAAGCUGGACUUUGGUGGUGAAGGUGAUAGUACAGUUCAGAGUCCUGUGCCUGGGAAGACGGCCUCGAAUGCAGCAUCCUUUGAAAGUGAUUUAUCCGGUUGUCGUGGAACUUUAUACUUGAAUCAUUCCAGCACUGACGUUUCUGAUCAGAAGAAUUUUCUGUGCCUGGUUAUUGCUGAUCACUGUAGGCUUUGUGUAUUGUUGCUUUUUCGUAUUUUAAAUUGUUUGCUGGUUAAACGAAUAAAGAAUUGUAUUUCCUGGUGAACAUGGCUGGUUGUUGUUGUUUUUUUCAUUUGGAACAUGGCCCUACAAGUAGUUUGGGACCUUGAGUAUCUCCUUCCUACACCUUUGAUUAUGCAGACAAUAUGAGUGUCCAGGCCUGUAAUUCUUUACGUACUAUUAUUAUUUUAUUUUAUUUUAGUAUAUUUAUUUUUCCUCCAAGAUGGCUUCAGUGAUGAAUUCCCCUUUGUUAUUCUUACCCCCAACAACAGCCCUGUGGGAUAGAUCGGGUGGGGGGAGAGAGAGAAUGAUUGAGUCCCA